GUGCACCUCACAGAGGCGUACGGAUAUGUGUGUCACGCAAAUAAAAUACGAAUGUUGAUACGCUGAAUUUGAGGGCAAAUAUGGUUUGCUGGAAAGUGUACAACAAAGUUGAAAGGGUUAUUGGAAACUUUUUUGCGAGGUAUGGAGAGCUGGUCGGUACCUAUCCAUGGACUGUUCUGACAGUGUCCGUCCUUGUGUCCGGGUUAUUGGGGAUAGGACUAGUGAACCUAACGUUUGAGUCAGACGUAGAGAAGGUUUAUACGCCCAGUGAUAGCCAGGCCUCCCAGGAUAGAAGCACGAUCAAAAACAUCUUUGAUGAUGAUUCCGGUGCGAACUUUUACUCACAAAGUCUUGUUGAGGCAAAUCUGUUCGGCACUGUGAUUUUCGAAAGCAAGAAUGCUUCUAAUUUGCUUACUGUUCCUUACAUUCAUGAAAUCCAGUCAAUUUACGAUCAAGCAAUAACCAACGUUUUAGGAAAUAGAAUGAACUACUCACAACUCUGUGCUGUCCGAGGUUCCAAGUGUGUUGUGGAUGGCGACAUCAUUUUCUCCGCUAACUUCGGCCAGUUGCUCGUGAGAGGUAAUAUAACCUAUCCGCUGUUAGGGAACAUUUCACUGGAAUCCAUUUUUGGUGAUGUCAUCAUUCAGAGAGGAGUUUUACAAUCUGCUAAGUUUAUCAAACUUGUUUUCAAUUUACGGCAGGAUACCACGGAUAGUAGGGAUAAUUCCAAAUUAUGGGAGAAAGAUUUUGUAUCCCAUUUGCAAAACAUUCAGUCGACGUUACUGGACGUGACAUAUGCUCAUUCAAAAUCUCUUGAUGAGGAACUCACAUCCAACAUCAGUGGCGACAUUCUGUUUGUAUCACUGACAUUCACCUUGAUGAUUGUGUAUGCGACCUUUGUCUCAAUGAAGUGUGACUGCUUGUUGGACAGACAAAACCUCGGACGGGCCGGUGUUACAACUACUGGACUUGGUAUUCUAGCUUCGUUUGGACUCGUCAGUGCUUGUGGUGUGGAGUUCGUUGAUAUAGUAGGGGUGAUGCCUUUUCUUGUAUUAGGUAUAGGGAUAGACGAUAUGUUUAUAUUAUUGGCCGGCCUUGCAGAAGCCCCGUUAAACGAAACGCCUGCGAAACGUGUUGCGGAGACGAUGCGCACAAGUGGUGUGGCAAUAACUAUCACAUCCCUGACAGACAUCAUAGCUUUUUCAGUUGGAGCCUCCUCAGUUUUCCCAGGGGUGCGGAACUUCUGUAUAUACACCGGAAUUGCAGUGCUUUUCUGCUAUCUCAACUUUGUGACAUUUUUCAUCGCCUGUAUUGCGAUCAACGAGAGACGAGUAUCGGCUGAAAAGCAUUGCUGUCUGUGCUGUCAUACGAUAGAAAUGAAGGACAAGAUGGGCGCCGCUUCCCGACUGCGUCGCUUUUGCUGUGGAGGAACUGCUCUUACUUCGGUAUCGGAUAUGCAAAGCUUGCUUGAACGUCUUCCCGGACAAAUUCUUAUCAAGUUUAUAACUCUUACACCUGUUAAAAUCAUAACCCUCAUUUCGUUUGCGGUCUACUUGGGUGUUGCAAUUUGGGGGGCCACUAACUUCAAGCAGGGUCUCGAUACGACCAAUCUUGUUUCCGAUGAUUCCUAUUACUUUACCUAUAACCUGCAAAAUCGAAAACAUUUUCUUCAACGCAUACCGGUUUCAUUUGUUAUCGAUGGUACUUUAGAUUAUAGUAAAGUGUCAACUGUGAACUCCAUUGACAGUUUAAUGACACAUGUUCAGAAUGACAAAACGGUAGGUAACAAUAACCUGGUAAUAAGCUGGUUUGACAGUUUCAGAUCUUCUCCAGUUUACAACAAUACGAGCGAAUCUCAAUUUGUAACCAAUCUAAAACUGUUCUUGGAUUCGAAUGAGGAAUUCAAAAAUGAUGUCAGGUUUGAUAGUACUAGUCUAAGAAUACGGGCUUCUCGCGUAUACGUCCUCACUAAUAAUCUUGUCGAUUCUACAGAACAGGGUGAUUUCAUGCUACGAAUGAGGAGUCUGACAGAGGACUCAUCGUUACAUGUUAUUGCAUAUUCCCCGAGUUUUAUAUUUUACGAACAGUAUGUCGCUAUACUCCCUUCCACCCUUCAAACAGUCGGAAUAGCAGUCGCAGUGAUAUUUGUUGUGACUGCAUUGUUUAUGCCCAGUCCACUUUUGAUCCUUUACGUCACCGUUUCCAUGGUGAUGAUAAUGACAGGAAUUUUCGGUUUCAUGUAUUUUUGGGACUUAACUUUGAGCUCAAUCACAAUGAUACAUGUCAUCAUGAGCGUUGGAUUUUCAGUUGAUUUUAGCGCCCAUAUCUGCCACGCCUUUAUGACUGUUGAAGGUAGCACGCGCGACGAGAAAGUAAAAAAUGCCAUUUUACGUUCUGGGGGCCCGAUAUGGAACGGAGCUAUAUCUUCAAUCAUAGGAAUCAUAAUGCUGGUCUUUUCCAAAUCUUACAUCUUCAGGUCAUUUUUUAGAGUAAUGUUGCUUGUGAUUCUGUUUGGAGUUGGGCAUGCGACGUUUUUCCUUCCCGUAGUUCUCUCGCUAAUUGGACCAAUGGAAAACACGAAAUCUGAUAGCAAAUCUGUAUCUGACAUGGCAAGCAUGAGUUCUCGCCUGGGACAUUCGAAUCCAGGCUUACAUACCGAUGAGGAAAAUAAAUCACCAAAACAAAUUUCUUUACAAGUUUAAAAAAGAAGAAGAUUCAACUCAUUUUCGUUAACUUAUUUACCCCGGUUUUGAUAACAGCUUGAUAUGAUUUCCCUUUAAACCGUUUAAAACCCUUUUCGUGAUAUUAAGAGAUUUCAUUACAUUCCUAAAAUAUGAAGAAAAAAAACAACAACAAACAAACAAAAAAACAAACAAAAUUGUCCAACUUGAUUUUAAAAGGGUUUAAAAUCAAAUAACUACAUUCUAAAUGUCGUGAAAAAAUAUGGAUAAAAUAUCACCAAUAUUAACUUAGGGAAUAUAGUAAUGUAUAGUAAUGUAUUCUCCGAGUACUCCGGGUUCCUCCCACAUUAAGAUCCCUCGCGCGCUAACAUACGGGCCAACAAGAGUGAUUAAUGUAAGUUGUAAAAACUUGUUUCAUAAUUAUUAUGAGAUAAAUAAAGUUUAUAUUUGAAUAUAAGCUCCAUGUUUGUUAUGUGCUUUCCGUCGAUGUACACGUUUCAUGUCGGUUAAUGUGAAAUAAGUAAUUAUUCUGGCCGAUUGAGUUAUACGUAUUGUUUUGCUAAUUAAAACAAGUUUAUAUGAAUCCAAUAUACUUCGAAUGAUAAUU